AUAUUCACAAUUUUCACGUCAAAGAAGAGAGAUCAAAUCUUAUGCUUAUGCCGACAUGGAUGAUCACCAAGAAUCGAGUUCUCUCAAGCAACUCUUCUCUCUAUCUUCAUCUCCUUUCCUCUCAACCUUCAAGAUCAAGAAACAUACAUUAUUCGUAAUCUCUCUUCUCAUUACUUUCCUUAUCUUCUUCGUCAUCGUCGUUGAUCUUGUCGGCUUCAAGCCUCGUCUCUCUAUCGGAUUCUUGUCGAAAACAUUAACUAAGAAACCAAGAAACAACGACGUAUGCGACUAUUCAUACGGUAGAUGGGUUCGUAGACGAAAACGUGACGUGCACGAAACCUAUUACGGAGAAGAGUGUCGGUUUCUGGAUUCUGGUUUUCGUUGUCUGAAUAGUGGAAGAAAAGAUUCUGGCUUCCGACAAUGGCGAUGGCAACCACACGGCUGCAAUCUUCCACGAUUCAACGCAAUUGAUUUUCUGGAGAGGAGUCGGAAUAGGAGGAUAGUGUUCGUCGGAGAUUCCAUCGGAAGGAACCAAUGGGAGUCUCUUUUGUGUAUGCUUUCACAAGCUGUGUCUAAUGAAUCUGAGAUAUAUGAAGUUAAUGGGAACCCUAUAACCAAGCACAAGGGCUUCCUUUCGAUGCGGUUUCCUGAACAUAACCUAACCGUUGAGUAUCAUAGAACUCCGUUUCUUGUUGUGAUUGGUCGGCCACCUGAGAACUCACCGGAAGACGUCAGAAUGACGGUUAGAGUCGAUGAGUUUAACUGGCAGUCAAAAAGAUGGGUCGGGUCUGAUGUUUUGGUCUUUAACACAGGACACUGGUGGAACGAGGACAAAACCUUUAACGUAGGUGUCUAUUUUCAGGAGGGGGGUAAGUUAAACAAGACAAUGAGUGUAAUGGAGGGGUUUGAGAAGUCUUUAAAGACAUGGAAGUCAUGGGUUUUAGAGAAACUAGAUCCCGAGAGUAGUUACAUCUUCUUCAGAAGCCUUUCUCCUGUGCAUUAUAGGAACGGGACAUGGAACUUGGGUGGUCUGUGUGAUGCAGAGACGGAGCCAGAGAUUGAUAUGAAGAAGAUGGAAUCUGACCCUGUCCACAACUUCUAUAUCUCUAAAGUAAUACAAGAAAUGAAAUAUGAACAUAGUAGGGUUAAGUUUAUGAACAUUACAUACCUGACUGAGUUCAGGAAAGAUGGUCAUCCUUCAAGGUAUCGUGGUCCGGAUGUUCCUGAAAAUGCUCCUCAAGACUGCAGUCACUGGUGCUUGCCUGGUGUACCUGACACAUGGAAUGAGGUUCUCUAUGCGCAGCUAUUGUCAAUGAAUUACCGAACAAAAUGA